UCAUUUUAUUUACUUGUGACGUUUCGCUUCAUUCUAGUCCAGAAAAACGGCAAAAAAUGAGUGUGCAAAGCGACGAUGACUUGAGUGACGCUCAACCUGGCGAGCAGACUCAGCAAUCCGAUGCGGAAGACGACAAACCUACAACGUGGAAAGACUUGGGACUUGUAGAUGCGCUAUGCACCGCAUGCGAACAACUGAAAUGGAAAGAACCGUCGAAAAUCCAACGGGAAUCGAUCCCUGUCGCGUUACAGGGCAAGGAUAUAAUUGGGCUUGCGGAAACAGGAUCUGGAAAAACAGCCGCGUUUGCCUUGCCAAUUCUUCAGGCGCUACUUGAAAAUCCGCAGAGGUACUUCGCGCUCAUCCUAACGCCAACUCGGGAAUUGGCCUUUCAAAUCUCCGAACAGUUUGAAGCACUUGGUGCAAGUAUUGGAGUGAAAUGUGCAGUAAUCGUAGGUGGUAUGGACAUGAUGUCACAGGCUUUAAUUUUGGCCAAGAAGCCACAUAUAUUAAUUGCCACACCUGGAAGAUUAAUUGAUCAUUUAGAAAACACUAAAGGUUUUAGUUUGAGGGCACUUAAAUUCUUGGUAAUGGAUGAAGCUGACAGAAUUUUAAACAUGGACUUUGAGGUAGAAGUUGACAAAAUACUCAAAGUGAUUCCUAGAGAAAGGAGAACAUUUCUGUUCUCAGCAACAAUGACAAAAAAAGUAAAGAAAUUACAAAGAGCUUGUCUGAAGGAUCCUGUAAGAGUGGAAGUUUCAACCAAGUACCAGACUGUAGAAAAAUUGCAACAAUAUUACAUUUUUAUUCCUGUAAAAUUUAAAGAUGUGUAUCUAGUGCACAUUUUAAAUGAAAUGGCGGGCAACAGUUUCAUGAUUUUCUGCUCUACCUGCAACAAUACAAUCCGAACGGCACUUAUGCUUAGAAACUUGGGACUCACUGCUGUUCCUCUACAUGGACAGAUGUCACAGAAUAAGAGAUUGGCGGCGUUGACGAAAUUCAAAGCAAAGAAUCGGUCAAUUCUGAUUUCGACAGAUGUGGCGUCUAGAGGUUUGGACAUACCACAUGUGGAUGUAGUCAUAAAUUUUGACAUUCCGACACACAGCAAAGAUUACAUUCACAGAGUGGGUAGGACUGCCAGAGCGGGGAGAUCAGGCAAAGCUAUUACUUUUGUUACACAAUAUGAUGUGGAAUUGUACCAGAGAAUUGAGCAGUUGAUUGGGAAGCAAUUACCUUUGUACAAGACAGAGGAGGAGGAAGUUAUGGUGUUGCAGGAACGAGUGGCGGAAAGUCAGAGGAUGGCCAAGGUUGAAAUGAAGGAUUUGACAGACAAGAAGGGUGGGAAGAGAAAGAAGGUUGAUGCGGAUGAUGACGACACUGAAGGCGCGUCUGGAGUCAGAAAAAGACUCAAGGGUGGACCAAAAAAGAACAACAGAAAAAAAUAAUCAAUAAAUAAGUUGUUUAAAAAUUGAAA